GUGGCUGUUGACCUGUUCGCCGAGCUUGGCAAUUGAUCCGCAAACGUUUCGUCACCAUACGAGGAGACAUCAUCUGUGCGCAUUUGAUGAUGCUUCCUCGUAUGGUGAUGAAACGUUUAUGACGCCGAGCUUGGCAGUUGGCUUGCAAACAUUUCGUCCCCGGUCGAGCAGACAUCGUCAGAGCGCGGUUGAUCCAUCCAACUGCAAGCCAAUUGCCAAGCUCGGCAAACAGAUCAACUGCCAUCUGUUCAACCACCAGAACAUACAAAUCACCAACAACUUAGUCUAUCAAAUAAAUAAGCCGAA